AUGGGGGAAGACCGCAACCGCAGGCUGCGCUCUGCCACACUGGAGUACGACUUGGAAGGUUUUGAGUUCUUCACGAUCAUACUCGAGAAUUCCUCCAAGAGGCAGAGGCUGCCUAACACUUUUAUGAAGAUGCUGGACGGCCAUCGGCCAAAGAAUGUGAAGCUGCGACAGGCCGGCCGCGGGCUUCGCAAGCUGUGGGACGUGGCGGUGGUGCUCAGGUACGACCACAUGUACCUGUGUCAUGGCUGGGAGAAGUUCAUCCGUGCCUACGACCUGUGGCACGGGUAUUUCCUUGUCCUCAGGUAUGACGACAACGCCACGCUCACCGUGAAGGUGUUCAACACGACUAUGUGCCGCAUGCGCUACCAGGACGACGACGAUGCCAGCAAUGGGAGCAACAACAGCGACUCUGGUUAUAGCAAAAGCAGCAGCGAGUCUGGCUACAGCGAAAGCAGCAGCGAGGAUGAUCCAGAAUGGAGUGGGGAAGAAGAGGAGCAGAGUGGAGAUGAGGAGGUGCAACCUAUUCUGUCUAACGAUGACCUCGCGAUGGUGGUGGCUGACGAUGGCCAAGCGAUGCUGGUGGCUGACGAUGGCCAAGCGAUGGUGGCUGACGAUGGGAUGCUGAAGGAGAAGGAGAAGGAGGAGUGA